GCUUUACUGGAGGAUAUGGCAUAUGGAUCUUGUUCAGUCUGCAGUCCUGUAUAGUGUAAUGACCCUCAUCAGUACCUAUCUAGUCGCUUUUGCAUAUAAGAACGUCAAGUUUGUUCUCAAACAUAAAGUAGCACAGAAAAGAGAAGACGCUGUUUCCAAAGAAGUUACUCGCAAGCUGUCUGAGGCAGACAAUAGGAAGAUGUCUCGCAAGGAGAAGGAUGAAAGAAUUCUGUGGAAGAAAAAUGAAGUUGCAGAUUAUGAAGCAACAACUUUUUCCAUCUUCUACAACAAUACUCUCUUUCUGGUCUUGGUCAUUAUUGCUUCAUUUUUUGUGCUGAAGAACUUCAACCCCACUGUAAACUAUAUUCUUUCUAUAAGUGCUUCAUCUGGACUGAUUGCUCUGCUAUCUACAGGAUCCAAGUAGACAAAAAAAACCCACAGCAAUUUAUUUCUGUGAGAGGGUUCAACUGCCAUACAAAAGUUUAAGGGUGGAAUAGGAAUACAUUUUUUUUUUUUUUAUAGUGUGACUGCUUGAGGGUAUGGGGGGGAGGGU